AUGAAGCAGACACGCCCCAACUUCAUCGAUACCCGAUCGCUAUCACAUGGACCUUUGGGAGCUACCAUGCCGUCCCCGUCGCUGAGGGGCAUGCCAUCCCCGAGGCUGCACAUAGCAGGAGAUGUACCUCCCGAAUUUUCACCUCUCGAUGCCUUCGCCGCACAGAGUCGACAGCUGGCGCGCCAGCUGGAGAAGGAGAGCGUGGGAGGGAAACGGGUCAGCCGGCUGCCACCUCUUACGAUCGCAAAGUCCUUGAGCCAACCACGACCUGGAUACUUUCGCUCGGUAUCUGCAGAGACGCCCUUGUCGCCGACGAGCCCUGGGUCAGCUCUGAGCCCCGGUUCAGCUGUGAGGGCGGAGGUGGAGACGCCCGGAUUUCGGCCCAAGUCUGUAUACCCGGCACUGUGCGGUGAGGUGCCAUAUGAUGUGACAUUCCCGAUGCCUUCGCCGCGUCCACUGAGCUCACUGGAAGAAGAAGAGUUUCGAGGGAGGAGGCCACCAAGCGCGGCAGAUGUUACGGAAGGUUUUGGUGCCAGGAGAGAAUCAUCGCCUAGCACGCUGGAGAGGGAUGCGCUACCAUUACGAAGGGCAAAUUCCCCAAGUCUUACGAGACCCAGGCCCAGCGCGGAGUCUAUGCGCCAGCGCAAUUUGCAACAUUGGAGAGGUCAGGAUGCGUCGUCGUUGGGAGUCAGUGGCUAUGAUUCUCGUGCCUUGGCUCCACCGAGAUCACCGUUUGGCCCACGCGCCCCGAGCCCUAAGUUGACAUCGAAUGACAGCUCAGAUGAAGACUUUCACAACCAGAGUUUUCCUAUGAGCAUGUCACCACGUAGGAAGGCUUCUAACGGAAGCGUAUACUCGAACUCCCCCACAUCACCCAUCGCCAAUGUAACGAGAUCAGCAUCGAAUUCUUCCGAACUGUCCAUCGGCGGAACACGACUACCACGACCUGCAUUCAACUUCUCUAGACCACUGAGCCGGGGGAGUUUGAACAGCCUUCCAGUUGAAGCACCUUCGCGGCAAGCCUCUUCGGAUAGUCAACCAUCAUUCAUUCUUGCAGAUGAUACUGCACAUACCCCGGUGAGCAUGCACAGCGAAGGCUUUCCGGAUCACCACAAUGAGAACUCGCCAGCACCAUCCUACGUGUACUCGAAAUUCUCGCUACCGAGGGGCAAGGUGCUUCAGAGGAACUCGCUAAUUUUCCAGGAGGGACAGCCACCGGCACGGAUCCCUGGGGACAACCAGCAACUCCCAUUCGGGAACGUACAUGCGAUCAAUGGUCAAGCGCCACCUUCACCGCCCUCUAGACCCUCGACCUCCUCACUUAGACCUUCGCUUGACCGUGGCAUGCGCUCCUAUGAUACACGACCGUCCCUCGAUCCCGGCAGACCAAAAUGCGAUCGAAGUAAUACUUUCGAUUGUGGCAGACCUGUGACCGAGGCAAGGAACAAGUCACCUGAUUCCCGGAGGACCUACGAAGAACCGCCAACCUUGAGACCACGCCCCCAGUCUUCCUCUGGAGGCUCGACUCCCAAGGCCAAAUCUCACCAGUCAAUACCCCCAGCAUCAGAUUGCUCAGCUGACGAGCAUGUAACCAAAGCAAUCGAAUACCAUGAAGCUGGAGCACUCAACAAAUCAACUUACCAUCUCCGUCUCGCAGCGAAGCAGAGUCACCCUACGGGUAUGCUACUCUACGCUCUAGCCUGCAGACACGGCUGGGGCAUGCGACCAAACCAAAAAGAAGGCGUGGCAUGGCUACGGCGCGCUGCCGAUUUCGCGAGCCUGGAAGUCGCAGACGGCGAGGACCAUGUGAAGGAUGGCAAAACAGUCGACAUGAUUGAGCAGCGCACACGGAAAGCGCAGUUCGCGCUCAGCAUCUACGAGUUGGGCGUAAGCCACAUGAACGGGUGGGGCAUCGACCAAGACAAGGCGCUCGCGCUGCGGUGUUUCGAAAUUGCAGGCGCCUGGGGAGACGCGGAUGCGUUGGCCGAGGCGGGUUUCUGCUAUGCACAGGGGAUGGGGUGUAAGAAGGAUUUGAAGAAGAGCGCGAGGUUUUAUCGACAGGCAGAGGCGAAGGGGAUUAGUAUGGUCGGGAAUUCUUGGAUUUAUAAGCCUAAAUAUAACGACGAGGCCGACGCAUCGGAUAGGCAAGGCCGCUCCCAUAUCGUCCCUAAGGAAAAAGACAAGAAAGUACGCAAUAAGUCGCGCACGAGAAUGUUUGCACGGAAGCCUUGA